AUCCACACUUUUUUGCCAAAUACCACGGUAACCCAUCUCACUUUCAUACUAAUGCCACACAAACUUUGAUCCUAUGCUGGUGCAUUUUAUACUACUACUAAUCGGACACAUCCGAGAAUGAAUCAACAAUGCUACGCCAGGCUUUGCUUUGCAUUUUAUGUCUAUCAGACCAAAAACUACCUGCUUGGCAUCAGGCGUUCAAGUGCCACUCGCCAACAGUCAUUACACCCGCUAUGGAGUGACAGGGUGCAACCGGUGCACCCCUUUCAGGAUUCUCGCACCCCUAUUAGGAUUCUUUAACCCUCCUCAGAAGGUCAGUGGAUGAGUAAUGGGACGAGUCUCGUUAGCGGUAGAGUUGUCUGAGGGAAGGUUCAUUUCUCUGUCUUGCGAGCGAGUGGAGAGCCAGGUCUUCUUAAAUGACUGCUGUCUAAUUGACGGACAUCGCAAAUCAAAGCGAUAUUGUCAAAUAACCUCUUGGAGAAGUUCCUCUUUUUGCUUUGAUUUUCAAAAUAGAGCCAGAUCUCCUUGCAUGACUUCUAUCCUUCGGACGGACAUCACAAUUGAAUGCAAUAUCGUCGACCACCUGGAGUUGUUCUCUUUCCUUAGAUUACUGUUCGCUGUAUUUAUCUCAGACCUUCUCCAAUAGCAUAAGCAUACUGUCUGUCUCACCAUUCGCAAAUCAUACCCUUUUGAGUCUUGGCAACUUGGAACCUGACUUUUUCUAACAAGGCAAGCGGCAAGAUUUCAACAUGAAUCACUCAUUGUUGUACUUAUAUCAUUGCAAAUGAGAUCGAUAUCUUGCAGUUUUGGAUAUCAGUAACCCAAUACAUUGGAUUCUUAGAAUUCUCUGAUCGAACAUACCAGGCUUCUCUUUUCCAUGUUAUUUGCUUUAUUGUGGAUAUUUAUCUUUUACAAGGAUUUCACUGCCUCCUCCUUCAAAUUGCCAAAGGACGAGGGUACACUGAAGCGCUCCAACUCACAAGUCGAUCUGAACUCUGCUGAGAUACCCCAAGACCUGACAGCAGAACCCAUAUGCCUUCCGGAUUCCAGGUCUUCUGAGGAGAAAGCAAAGCACACCGAGGAACCUGUAAAUGAAGAGCUGCACGUAAGAGUGUCAACCAGUGACUUUGAGGACGACAUGGAGGGGAAAUUUGGUCGCAAGAACAAGGAUGCAGUGUCGGAGAAGCGGCAGGCAGCUCUCCCGAUCAGUGGAGGGGUGCGGAGACUCCUGCAAUCGAGGAAAAAUCAAAGGCAGAUAAAGUACGCCACGUAUUCUCCAAAGCGGAGCGGAAGCACACUCUCCAGGAAUUCUUACUAUGACAAUGUGGAUGAUAAUGAUUACCCAAAGCGAAAUGGUGAACGCUCGUUACAAGGAAAUGAUUUGGCAUAUUCCCAGGAUGGGUACAUACAAGACUCUGAUAUUGUGAACAACCAGAAUAGAAAGAUAAGUUCAUCAGAGAUUUGCGUGGAAGGUUUGUCCACUCCCGGUAGUAUCGACAACCCAGUGAUAUCAGCCACAACAAAUGGUAGCAGGACAUCAUCACCUAGGCGGUUUGUAGGACCUGGUAGCAAUAGCACUAGUCCAAGGAAUGCAUCCUCAGUUGAUUCACAUUCACCCAGUCUUCCGUUAGGACCGGGCGUCCUGAAGAGUGCAAAGUUCAUCGAGGACAAUGCCGCCAACUUUGAGUUGGCCAACACCAUCAGAAUAGCUGGGAACCACCAUGAGACCAUGAACGGGAAUUUCAUCAGCCCAAACAGGGCCAUGACUCUGAAGUAUGGCAACAGUGCAGGUGGGCGAUUGGAAAAUGGAGCUGGUAAUGCUCCCAAGACAAAACGCUCGCACAGUUUCAACACAAGAACUACAAACUCCCUGUCCAACGAUAACAACGUGGACAGAUUGGAGAGAUAUAAUGAGGAGGAUAACACACUUGUGCAGGAUUACGAAGCACAUCUCAGGAACAUAACAGACAACUCUGACAGCGGAUUCGAUGGGACGCUGCCCGAAAGCGAAUCCUGCACCAAUCACUCGGCAUCCAUGGGGCAGGGACCGCUCCUGCCCAAGUGGAGAAAGCGUAAGACCUUUGGAAGCGAUAGCGGUAGCAGUUCAGGGGUGAGGGGGGAUAAUGGGACAAUGACCUCGAGUGAAGGAAGGCACUCGCAGCACGAUGUGGACUUCUUGGAUUCCACUGAUGGCAAAGAUUUUUACAUCAGAGAUGAGGAUGAUCACGUGGAAGAGGAAGAAGAGGAGAGUCAGUCCCUGAGCUCGCUUCACAGCCAGACCUCUUGUUACCAGCAGGGCGGGGCAACCAGGAAGGCCGGGUGGCUCAACGUGAAGAGCAUGCUGGUGCAGAGGAAACGCAAGUUAGAGAGGGCCACUAAGAGAUCUUGGAAGGAGUACUGGGUUUGUCUAAAGGGCACGAUGCUGCUGUUUUACACUUGCUCCGAGAAGACCGCUCCCGAUGAGAACAGCGAGCCGCGACACAUACUCGUGGUGGAAGACGGUCUAGCCCAGGCGGUCCCGGAACAUCCAAAGAGGGACAACAUCUUUUGCCUCAGCACGGCGUUUGGCGAUGCCUACCUCCUACAAGCAAACAAUCAGAUAGAGCUGGAGAAUUGGGUGACGGCCAUUCAUUCGGCUUGUUCCUCGGCAUUUGCAAGGCAGCAUGGGAAGGAUGACACCCUCCGACUCCUCAAAUCUCAAAACCAAAAGCUGGAAGACCAAAUUGAUCAAGAGAAUAAAACCAAGAAAAUGGCUGAACUUCAGCUGAUGACGGUAUCUGAUGCCAAAAAUAGACUUGCCAUCGUUAACCAGAUCUCUCAGUGGGAGCAGAACCUGGAGAAGCUCCACCUGGAGCUGUACCGGCUCCGCUGUUACUCCACCUCCCUCCAAGGCACCGAGCUUCCCAACCCCAAGACCCUCCUGGCCUGUGUCGGCAAGCAGACCAAGGCCCACCUGGGGCGGCUGGGCUUCUUCUCCGUCUCCUCUUUCCAUGCCCUGGUCAGCGCCAGGAACCCGGCCGGCAUCCAGGGACGCUUCACCAAACCAAAGUCCAAGAAGCAGAAAUCAUUCUUUGGAACACUGAAGAAGCACAAAGACAAGUCUUCAAGUCAACACUGUGACACAUCAUCAACGUCGACGCCCGUCGCUGGGGAGCACGAGGAUGUGGAACCAGACUUUGAAGAUGAAGAAGAGGCGUUGGAAUUUGAGGAUACUGGACAGUCAUUUGAUGAGGACACACUGGUCAGUCACAACGAGUCGACCACCUCUGACCAGCUCAGCGAGGGCUCCCUGGUCAAGGUGCUCCUUCCCGAUGACCAGAGCUCCAUGGUAACGGUCAGACCGGGAAUGACCGUUCAUGAUCUUCUCAUUAGCAGCUGUACGAAUCGGAAGAUGGACUAUCACAACUACUAUGUGAGAUUCAAAGUGGCGAUGAGGUACGGAGCAAACUACAACAUUCCAGAUAAAACGGCCAUUCUAUCUGAUGAGAAAUAUGACGAGAUUGAGAUCUGCACCAAGAGUAUCCACCAGGUUGAACUGUACAAGGUUGACGAGAGCGGAACGUUUGGUUUAUCCCUAGAGGCUGAGCUUGGAGAUGACAUAGAACAAGAAGAUCAACUAUGUGUUUUCAUCAGUUCAUUAGAGUCUGGAGGACUAGCCUAUCAUCAGGAUCUCCAAGUCGGGGAUGAGAUCCUGGUCUUCAACGGCCGGGUGGUCUGCGACCUCGACAUGCUUUACAUCGAGAACCUGCUGCAGACGAGCACCUCCCUGACGCUGACGGUGCGUUCCUGCCGCUCGGUGUUCGCCCAGACGCAGGCCAUGCAGGACACCAACCGCUAUAUCGAUCAGCUGACGUGCCCCCCGCCUCCGCUCCAGACCCGGCUGACGGACGAGAUGAUCGACACCCUCAUCGUCCCCUCCCCUGCAGCUUAUGAAGAUCAAGAAGACGAAGAUCAGUCUUCGGAAUCAAGCACCAACCCAUCGAUUCCUGGCAGAGACGGCACACCUCUCCCACCGGCAUCCUUCGAUACUGUCACCGACAGCAUCAGCAACGGCAAGGAAAAGCCGCCCCUGGACAACAAGCAGAUCGAGCAGUUGAUGAAAAACGCCGAGCAGGUCACCGAGUUCUGCCGCACCCUCGAGUUCCGUCAGAGCGUCCGUCGCAACAAUUUCACCAGGUCGGUCGGGGCCCGGGAGAGCCAGUUGAUCGACAUGCCGCCUCUGGAGGUUCUCCAGGCAGCUCAGAAGCUGCGGAAGGUCAUCACUGAGCUUCUAGACACGGAGAGGGCGUACGUCAGGGAUCUGAACUGCCUGGUGUCCAGGUACUUGGAACCUUUGCAGAAUGAGGCAUUCUUAUCUGCAGAUGAGAUUGAUGCUCUAUUUGGUAAUAUCAAGGAAAUUAUCAAGUUCCAGACUACAUUCCUGAAAUCCCUGGAAGAUCCCAUCUCAAAGCAACAAAAUUUUUCCACCCUCGAUAAUCCAGAUGAUUUCAAGAGGAUUUUAUUUUCCCUUGGAGGAUCUUUCCUCUACUACAUGGAGCACUUCAAGCUCUACAGUGCCUUCUGUGCUUGCCACUCCCGCUCCCAGAAGAUCCUGGACCCUGCCAAGGGAAACAGCGCCCUCAUGCAGUUCCUGGAGGCCAGGAAUCCCAAGCAGCAACAUUCCGCGUCUUUGGCCUCCUACCUGAUCAAGCCCAUACAGAGGGUGCUCAAGUACCCCCUCCUCCUCUCUGAGAUGCGUACCCACCUAGACCGCGACAGCUACGAGCACUACCACCUGUCCGAAGCCCUCAAGGGCAUGAACAAGGUCGCCGAGCAUAUCAACGAUAUGAUGCGGGUCCACGAGGAGUACGGGGCCGUCUUCGAUACCCUGGUCGCCGAGCAGUUUCAUAUCAAGAAGGAGAUUGCGGGAUCGAAGGUACACGAGCUUGCCAUGGAUGAUCUAGUGAAGUACGAGAAUAUGACCUGGCUCAACUGUCACGAUGACCUUCCAAAGUACAAGAAAGGUCGUGAACCCGAGGUCACUGUCUUUGUCUUCCGACCAGCGGUGGUCAUCAUAUGCAAGGAAAGGAGCCGCAAGAAGAGCAUGGUCAAGCUCUCUGGAACUGGAACACUGAAAGGAAACCCAGAGGACCUGAUCAAGUUCAAGUGGAUGGUUCCGAUAUCAGCCAUGCAAGUCAAGGAGACGUGUUUAUCUGAAACUGACUACUUGAGUCUAUGGGAGCUGGUGCACCUCAAAGGGGAGGGAAAAACAGAAAAGGUCUUCCAGUUUUCAUUCUGCUCUUCCGACUUGAGGAACUCAUUUCUGAAGGUGCUUCGGCAGACCCUGAGGGAUUACCAUCGUUCAAAGACUACCCCAGGAGGAGGCUCAAAGUUUAACAUCAAGAAGAACUACACACCUUACGGUGGCAAGCGCUUUGAGAAUUUAGGGCGCAACAAACGAACUCUGCGUAAAACGAUGGCAAAGUCCGAUGGGGGCUCGUCGGCAGGACAGAGCGAAGCGGGAUCGUUGGGUAGCGAGGAGAGGUCCAGCGAAAGCGGGUCCCACCGCUCGGACCCGAACUAUGACGAUACGGACUCGACGGGCACGGGGCGGGGGUCUUUCGACCAUGACCGUCGGGAGCCGAGCUCCAUCAUCAUCACAAGCCUCCAACGUCAGGAGAGUGAGGGUUCCCUGAAUUGCAAUGGGAACAACAGUCUGCAAAGGGGAACAAGUUGUGACUCCAGCAUUCCCAACUCUCCGGCAUCUCCUGGCGUGCCACCUUUCACCCCAACGUCCCAUGCAUCUCAUCCCAACACCCGCCAUUCUGAAGACCCACUCAGAACUCUGACACCCGAGUCCAGUGCUGUUACCCAGGGUAGCAAAGGACCGCACAGACCAUUAACUCUGGACCUGUCUUUAGUCCACGCCCAGCAACAGGCGAGUACUCCGAGCGAGCCCUACACCCCAAACCUGGAGGACAUAAGAGCUAGAUUGGCUGAAAUAGAAAUGGCUGUCGAAGACCACCAUUGAUAACAGUAUUGCCGGAGCUUCCAUUCUUGGCUAAUCCAUUUUUUAAACAACAUUGGAGUUUUUUUUAAUCAGACUCGUGGAUAGGGGCCUACAACAAGUAUUUGCCUUUUUUAAUACCACUUUUUUAUUGAUAUUACCAAUUUUUGUUUAAUGUGAUGCUACCGAUGCUGUGGAUUUUUUUUCCUUAAUCCAAGAUAAAGUGCAUAAAAUACUCAGGAUAAAUGGUGGUAUGUGUUUGUUUUUUUCAACCGUCUACAUGUACCUUUGCCUACCGAUCGAUUCACAACGAAGAAAAAGCAUCGCAAUAUAGCAAUGAAUGCUGCAUUUUUUGUAGGCUUGGAUGAACUUAUGUAUGUGUAUCCUCCAUCAGAAUUAAAUUCUGUGUGUUUCCACCUAAACAACAGAAUUCAUAUUAUGAAAAAUAGCAGACACCCAAAGAAUAGAAGAGACACCUGAGCCCCGUCUUACAAAGAGUUAUGAUUGAUCCAAUAAAUCGUAACUCGAUGGAAAUCCGUCAGUGCCGUAAUUUUUUCUACAGGAAAUUUGCAAAAUGUCCUUUGUAAACAAAGGAGAACACACCAAGAAAAUUUAUGGAUAUGGAUAUACAUUCAUGUCUAUGGAUGGAAGCGCCGUGCUGUAGCGGUUCUGACUCUCGCCUUUGUGUGUUCAAAUCCCACCAUAGCCUAGCUCCCUUUGGCAAGGCGUCAAUCCACACUUUGCCACUCUCACCCAUGUGUUAAGUGGGUACUGGUAGGAAACAACUGUCAUUAUGGUUGGCUUAGUAAGUUUGCGCCUAACAGGCGCAAACUUUGAAUGCUAUGAAUCCAGUGAUCGGGUAAUAAUAAUUGUGAAGCGCU